GCAUCUUGGAAGCUUAGCUUGCUCCCACAAACACCUCCGCUGCCGUUGCCGUCGAAGGCCCGCCCUGCCUUCGACUUCUCCCUGCCUAACUUCGCUCAAAGCGAUGCCGGAGGCAGCUAUGGGCUCGCUACAAUCCGUGGGUCCCAGGACCUGCCCGAGGGUGCACUCCUAAAGCGCAGCUUUCUGAGCUGGAAGGACAUGGUGGCCUCACUUGCCUUGCUCCGCGUCAAAUUGGAGAAUGUUCACCUGAAGGAAAAGCUGAAGCAGCAGGAUGCCAAGUCCUCGGCCUCCAGCAGUCCCAAGCGGGGGAAGGUGUCUCCAAUGUCACCAUGCGGAAAGGUGUCUGUCGACUUGAAUUCGCCGGACCGCCUGGUGAAGUUUGGCAUUUCGUCACCAAAGGUUGUGACCCCCGCCAAUUUGCCAUCGUUUGUUCCGGAUGUGCUGGCUGCAUCUCCGGGGACACUGACACCCUCCCCGGUGGUGGCGCAUUCGACCGGAGAGGUGCCCUCUGUGGCGCCGACUCUUUCGCCCUCGCCUGUAGUCACCUUGUCGCCCACUCCUCUCCUGCAGGCAACCGUGGGUAGCGGUUCUGCCAGCUGCCUGAAGUCAUCUUUGCCUCCAGAAGAGCUGCGGGAGGCGGGUGUCGUCGAUCGGCAAGAUGAGGCCUCCUUGCGUGAAGCCUUGGACAACCGAAUGGCACAGAUGCUGCGAGAAUUUCCGGACGUGGUCCCGGCCAAAGCCGAAGCAGAAAGAACGCGUCAGGAACUUCGCAAAAGCCAGAAUCUCUCUCAGCUUGAAUUGCGAGUGCAGCGGCGCCUUCGGACAGAAGAGCACAUUCUGCUUCGGCUGGUCUGGCAGGCUUGGGAAGACUUCGAUGGCAAUGGCAUUGUCAGGGCCGAGGCUGACCCAAGGGCUCGUUCACAAGUUUGUGCCAUGGGCUGCGGCGCAAGUACCACCGUACAUCCAACAUCGCCAUGCACCCGGGGACCUCAAAGUCUCCGCAUGAGCAGCAAGAAGCGGGUAGAGGCAGUGCAUGACCUCGAUGCGAUGACCGUGCUUCCCAACAGCCCGACACAGAGUCCUGAGGACAAGCUAGACUUCGAGGAGUCGUCAGACGAGCAAAUGUUUGUUGAGCGGGUGGAGGACGGAGCUCGACUCUGGUCAUCGAUGAACACUGAGGAUGCCGAGGCCAACCGAAACCAGCCAUUUCCAACGCCGCCCGAUCGACGGAUGCAUGAUCGACACCUCCGGCGGAUCGAAGAUCUAGGUCGACAAAUGGCGGAAACUCCUCAUGCAUUUGCACUCGUUGUCUGGAACCGACGAUGCCGGUUGAUCGACCAAGUCAAGACCGCGUAA